UCUCUCUCUCUCUCUCACACCAAAGCAAAGCAAGCAACUCUCUCUCUCUGCAAUCCAAUUUGUGUUUAGCUUUUUGGGUUGAUUGAGAAAAUGACUGUGGAGGAGACCCAGGUGGCGGUGGCGGUGGCGGCUGAGGUCGUGGAGGUUGAGGAGCCGGUGAAGGAGGUGAAGGAGUGCGAGAAGGCUGUUGUUGAGGGUUUGGUGGAGGAAUCCGAGUCCAAGCCAACCACUGUUGAGAAGAGCACUUCUUAUAAGGAGGAGAGCAACUAUCUCUCUGAUCUCAAGGAGUUUGAGAAGAAGGCUUUGGUUGAGCUCAAAUCGAAGCUCGAAGAAGCGAUUUUGGGCAACAACAUUUUCAAGAGAGAUGAGCCCAACAAGGUUGAGGAGAAGGAGAAGGCCGUAGCUGAGGUCAAGGAGAAGAAGGAGGAGAAAACAGAGGCUGCUGUGAAAACAACAGAGAAAACAGAGGCUGCUGUGAAAACAACAGAGAAAACAGAGUCUGCUGUGAAAUCAGAGGAAACAGAGCCUGCUGUGAAAGCAGAGGAAACAGAGCCUGCUGUGAAAAAAGAGUGCUCUGAAAAAACAGAGGAAGGAGAAAAGGCACCAGAAUUGGCUGAGAAGAAAGAAGAAGUAGCAGUUCCGGUAUGCGAGGAAGAAGCGAAACCCGAAUCCAGCGAAGUCGUCGACACAGAUAUCUCACUCUGGGGUGUGCCUCUGUUCCCUGGAAAAGGAUCUGAGGGAACUGAUGUGGUGCUCUUGAAAUUCUUGAGGGCUAGGGAGUUCAAGGUGAACGAAGCGUUCGAGAUGCUGAAGAAGACUCUGCAGUGGAGGAAGGAGUCGAAAAUUGAUUCAAUUUUGGAUGAGGAGAUCUGCUCUGAUCUGAGCUCUGCUGCUUACUUGAACGGCGUGGAUCGCGAAGGCCACCCUGUUUGCUACAACAUCUUCGGAGUUUUUGACAACGAAGAGCUUUACCAGAAGACGUUCGGAAAUGAAGAGAAGAGAGGCCAAUUCUUGAGGUGGAGGGUUCAAUUGAUGGAGAAGAGUAUCCAGAAGCUUGAAUUGAGGCCCGGUGGUGCUACUUCUCUGCUUCAGAUCAAUGACCUCAAGAACUCGCCUGGGCCAAUCAAGAAGGAGCUUAGGGUUGCAACAAAGCAAGCUGUUGGGCUCCUGCAGGACAAUUACCCUGAAUUGGUUGCCAAAAAUAUUUUCAUCAAUGUUCCAUUCUGGUACUAUGCACUCAAUGCUCUGUUGUCUCCAUUCUUGACUCAAAGAACCAAGAGCAAGUUUGUGGUGGCUCGCCCCGCUAAGGUCACCGAGACCCUUCUCAAGUACAUUCCAGCUGAGGAGAUACCAAUUCAGUAUGGUGGCUUCAAGAGAGAAAAUGACACCGAGUUCUUCUUCUCCGAAGAUGGUUCUGUUUCUGAGCUAACUCUCAAGGCCGGAUCAACCCAAACGAUAGAGAUUGAUGUAGCUGAGGUUGAUAAUAGCACAUUGGUUUGGGAUGUGAGUGUUUUGGGAUGGGAAGUGAAUUACAAGGAGGAGUUUGUUCCUAGUGAUGAAGGGUCAUACACCAUUAUUGUUCAGAAGAAGAAGAAGAUCGGAGCUAAUGAAGGGCCUAUUCGCAACACUUUCCGAAGCAAUGAGCCUGGAAAGGUUGUCCUGACAAUCGAGAACACUUCGAGCAAGAAGAAGAGGGUGCUGUACCGGCACAAGUCCAACAAGUGCUUUUGAGAAUUGGAGCAGAGGGUUGAGGAAGAAACAUGGGACAUAGUGGGAGAGCAUUAUAUAUAUACAUAUUAGAAUUGAUUCUUUUGCAGAUUGGGAACAAUAAGCGAGUGUGAGAAGAUAGAGAAAUUAAUAGUUCAUUCUUUGCAGAAUCACUAUGGUCCUGUGUUUGAUAUGUUUUGAAGUGUAUCAUUUCCUUCAUUUGGGAUUUUCAUCCUGCAGACUUUGAGAGUGAAAUAUAUAUAUAUAUAUAUU